GUCUACUCCCGUAUUCACGACCGCCUUUUUGAUGUAAUAUGCUUUUAUUUUGGAACAAAAGUACAAGCCACAUUUAUCCGUUACGUAUCAAGUGCGGUAUUGUGUGAGAGGACACAACUAGAAAGUAUAAGGGAAGACCACGAGGAAUUUCAGAUUAUGAUUACAAACGAUAAUGAACACGCAUAUAUGAUGAGAAUUAUGAAAGAUAUUAGGAACGGGGAAAUUUCCUCCGUAGUCAGCAACCAUCAAAUGAAAUUUCCGAAAUUUAGAAAAAUUUUGGUUGCUUACAUGCAAAAAGGUUUUUACCUGUUGCCAAUGUUUGAUAUAUAUUACAACACUUUUUGUCAUGAUCUGAUCGACAGAGAAGGAAAUUCAAUUGCAUCAUUGGCCUGUUCAAAAGGAUACGUUGAAAUUACUGAAUAUAUUAUCAAUGCUAUACACAAUGUCCAUUUAUCAAUGUUCCAUAAAAAUCUUAUAAUGCAUACAGCAUGUCGCAGUGGAAGUAUAGGUAUUGUUCAGGUUUUACUUGAGAAAGGAAUAAAUGUUAAUUCGUUGGAUAUUUACGGCCAAACACCAAUUCUAAUAAGUAGUGCUAAAGGACAUGGCCAUAUUGUACAUUUACUGAUUAAAAACGGCGGCAAUAUAGGACUACAAAAUGAUGAUGGGAUGACACCUCUUUUAUGCGCAAGUAAAAAAGGACAUAAUUCAGUUGUUAAAAUGUUACUCGAUAACAAAGCAGAUAUCAACGAAAAAGAUAAUCAAGGCAAAUCGCCAUUAAUCUGGACAAGUAAAGAAGGGUAUGACAAGACAAUAGAAUUGCUAAUAGAACAUGGAGCUAAUAUCAACAUAAGUGAUCGGAACAGUAAGAGUCCUUUGAUGUGGGCAUGCCAAUGGGCACCUUAUUCAACUGUUAUGCUACUUAUUGAAAAAGGAACAGAUAUAAAUCAAGAAGAUUCCAAUGGUUGGACGCCAAUCAUAUAUACAUGUCAAUGGCGUAAUAAUAGUUUUAUAGUGAAAUUCCUUAUUCAGAAUGGCGCUGAUAUUAGAAAACCAGAUAAUGCAGGGAGAACACCACUUAUGUGGGCGGGUAUCACAGGAAACAACUGUGUCAUUGAUAAGUUAAUUGAACAAAGUUGCAAUAUAAACGAAAAGGACAACAUAGGAAAAACAACAAUAUACUGGGCAUGUCUAGAAGGAAAAAUAUCAACAAUUGAUUUGCUAUUUAAAAAAGGUGCCGACAUUAACAUAACCGAUAAUGCAGCGACAAGUCCGAUCUCGUGGGCGUUACAUCACGAAGACAAACAUUAUUUGCGACUUCUCAGAUAUGACAUGGAAGAUAAAUGUGAUUAACAUGGUAAUGUUAACCUCCUCUAGGUCUUCGGUGUCCUAGGAUCAGGGAUUGAACCCUUCAACUCCAGUACACAAGUUUCCAAAUUUAUUUACAUUGGAAUCUGGGGUUUAAAAUUUUAAGACUGAAUUAGAUGGACGGAUGGAUGAUUUAAGUCCAAAGGUGAAUUGAAUGCAUAUUCAGGACGAGAACAUGAUAAUGAUAUGAAUAAAACCCUGCUUUGUGUUAGAUCGAUAUACAUUUUUA